GGAGGUGGAGGAGGAGGAGGAGGAGAUGGUGAAAGUAUACUUGAGGGUCUGGAAGAAGUGGCUGAUCCUUUGGAAAGUCUAUUUGCGUGGCUGUCCAGGCACCGACAUUCGCGUGAUUCCGCUUGGCUGACGGAUGAAGUUGAGGUGAAAAGAUUGGCUGAAGAUGCACAUUCUGGCGACAGGCUGGACUGGGCCUUUGUCAGGCUGCGUGAAGAAUCGAACGAGAAUGACGCCUUUUCAGGCCGAUUCCUGUACCAUCUGACCUUUGUGGCACGGAAUGAAUAUGUGAAGCAGAAAAUGGACCGAGUUAUCCGAGUAAGCUGA